CAGACGUGUCCCGUCUGUAAGGCCGCCAUCAGUCGCGAUAAAGUGAUCCCUUUGUACGGCAGGGGAAGCGCCAAAAAGGACCCGCGAGACCAACGCCUUCCACCGCGACCUCAGGGCCAGCGAACGGAACCCGAAUACAAUGCCCAAACAUUCCCGAACUUCGGCUUCGGUGACGGCGGGUUCCACAUGUCCUUCGGAAUCGGCGCCUUUCCCUUCGGCUUCUUCGCGUCGACCUUCAACUUCGGCGACGGCAGACCCGCGCCCUCUCCGCACAGCCCGGAGUUCGCUGAGGACCAGUUCCUCUCCAAAGUGUUCCUUUGGUCGGCCCACAAGACGUUCCGAAUCAAACGCAAGCUCGCGAAGAAGCAAAGACAGAACCGACCCGUCCCUCAAUGGAUCCGUAUGAAGACCGGGAACUCCAUUCGAUACAACGCCAAAAGGAGACACUGGCGAAGAACCAAACUCAAGCUCUAAAUCUAUUUUUGUCGCCAUUUUGUCAACUAUUCUGAUGUCAAAGAGAAUGUGAAAUAAAAAUCAUUUGAUUUCCAAAA